CGCGGUUUCGAGGCACCAGGGCCAUGUCGCUAUCGAGCCAUAUUGUGAACCCCGAGGAUGAGCGGGAUGUGCCCAUCUUGAAGGAAGAUCAGGAUCGUAUCAACGAGUUUGCUCGGUUGCAUGCGAAGCAAACUGAACUCACGGACAACUACAAAGCCAGUCAGGACCGAGCUGAGGGCUAUAACGAUGCCUCAGAGGAGUUGAUGCUGCAGGACGAUGAGAGCAUUCCCAUUGCGGUGGGCGAUUGCUUCUUCAUGCUUGAGACGGACCAGGCCAACGAGCUGCUAGAGAACGGCAAGGAAGCGGCUGAAGCCGAAAUGGAGGGUCUCCGGGAAAAGGUUGGCGAGAUUGAUGAUCGUCUCGUCGAGCUCAAGGGCGUGCUCAAGGCCAAGUUUGGCAAUUCUAUUCAGCUGGAUUAGACUCCUCAUCUCCCCGACUCUCCUGGCCUCUUCUCCGAGCGUGCGCUCGCAGUUGAGCCUCCCUGUUGUGUUUGACCGAGUGCCACUGGGUCAGGGCGCUACGCGCCUCGCCAAGUCUCUCCUGUCCUUUUUUUUCUAGCCCCUCUCCUCUUUCUCGUCCUUCUCUAUUGUUCUGGAGAUUGUGACUUGGUUUCCCUUUUGACCAGACGUUGAAAUUGAAAGCUUUUACAGA